AUGACAACAUGGCCAUGGCGACUUCUCUUCCUGGUUACAGGAUGCAGCGGGGAGCUCUGCUUGCUGCAGGGCAUCCCGUCCAGUCAGCGUACGUACAUUUUAAAUGGCGCAGCCGAGAACGUGCCAGUUAAACUGAUGGUGUUCAAUUGGGCCGCAGCCGAGCUCUUGUCCACGAUAGCCAAGCUCCUGAUAGAAGAGGUGCUCGGAUAUCACGCUGUCUUCGACGAUACCCGUCCGAUAGCGAAUAUAGAAGUCGUACAGAGUUUGGCUGGAUGCUCAGACAUGGACUGCAACCAGACGCAGAUGAGCGACACGCAUGUGGCUCUUGAUGUCUGGUUGGGCUCAGCUGGCGCUGAUGUGGAGCUUUUCAUGAAGCGUCAUCCGACAAUUGCUCCCGAAGAUCUUGGCUCCAUAGGCUAUGCAGGUGAAGAAGCUCUGUGCAUCACCGGGAAGCUCCUAGACGAAGCCUACGAGGUUUCUGGUUUUUCGCUGGACUUCUACCGCUCGUACAACACGUCUCACUACCGUGCAGUGCGGCACUUCGACCAGUUGAGCGACUUGCCGGCCCAGGAUCUGUUCCAGUGCGAUGAAGCAGGAGUCAUUUGGACAGAUCCUUCUUACAUGGCUGACUAUGCCCGCUGGUCAGGCGACCUGGCCGGUCUCGUCGAAGUAGAUGGAGGAUACCGUGCCUCUUGCCCGGAUGGCCGCUUCUGGAUAGCUCCGGCUUGUCGCCACAACACCUCUGAGUGCAUACCCAUCAUCUCUACGCAGUGGGGCUGGAUGGUGGAUGCCUUCAUGGCAUGGUCCACGGCCUAUGGGCUACCAACUGCGAUCGCUAUCGCCCGCGACAUUCCGGAAUGGGUGGCAAGCUUCCAAAAUUUCCGGAUCUUGGCAUACUGGUACAGACCGGAUGCCAGUCUUGCUCCUUGGAGCCCUCGGCCCAUCAAAUUUCCCCGGCACCGUGCCAGCGAGUGGGCGCAGGGGAACAAGCGGACAGAAGGGCUUGGCACCUACAUCGGCAAGCUGGUCAGCCGCGGCUUCAACUCCCAGGCCUCCAAAGUCCACAAACUACUCCAAAAGAUGCAGAUGGAGCUGGAGGAGAUGGAGGCGUUGUUGCUGGAGGCAGAAAGCCAUGGGAUGCAGGAGGUGGCCUGCGAAUGGGCCAAGGCCAAUCAGCAGCGAUGGCAGCAGUGGCUCCCCAUCGAAACCAGCUGCAUCCCUGGCUUUGGGCUGGUGGAUGCUCAGGGCUCUCUGGUGACUUCUAGAAGCCUGGCGGCCAGCUGCAAAGUCUGCCCAGCUGGGACCUUCUCGAGCUUGAUGGUCGAUAAUCUGGGCCAGACCUUCUCCUGCGAGAGUUGCGCUCCCGGCACCUAUCAGGGCCAGGCUGGAGAGACCCUCUGCCUGGGCUGCGAGCCUGGGAAAGUCGCGGCGGCCAGCGGCCUCGUGGAGUGCGUGGACUGUGCUGUGGGAAGCUUCGCGAAUGCCUCCAGGAUGGUCGAGUGCACUCCCUGCGGCUCCGGGCCAUGGACGACAGGGCGCAUCUCGCAGCUCUUUGGGGACGAGACCUGGAUCGACGUGAUGGGGGCAUCCUCCGAGGAUCUGUGCCACUGCAGACAGGGCUUCUUUCUUCACGACGGCCAGUGCACGAAGUGCACGGAGGGAGCUCUCUGCUCCGGCGGGGAGAUUCAAAUCCUCCCGGGCUUCUUCUCCAGCGCAGACAAGCCCGACUCCAUCUUCACAUGCUUCGGCGCAGAACGCUGCCCGGGCGGUUCUCCCGGAACCUGCGCCUCUGGCCGCGACGCGCAAAGCAUCGCCUGCAUCGCCUGUCUGCCCGGCCUUCAUGCAAAUGGCCCGGAAUGCGUCCCCUGCGAAAGCGAGGACUACCUCCUCUUCAUGUUUGCGGCUUGCCUGGUGCUGAUAGUUAGCGGUGGGCUUCAUUUCCAGCUUCUGCGAUGGGACUGGCAGGGCAACCGCAAGCAAUUUACGGGCUUUCUUAUACCCAGCCUCUAUGCAACGCAAUUGGUCAGCUGCUUGCAGAUAUUCGUCCUGCUGCAAAGCAUCGAUGUCUCGUGGGGUGAUCCUUUCGUCCGCCUGCUGGAAGCUGUCAGCUUCCUUUCCUUGGAGCAUAUCGUAAGAUUCUUCAAUGCCGUGUCAUGCGCCACGCCCCCUUCACCAGCACUGCACUUCCUGAUCCAGACCAUUGUACUCCCGGCAUCGUUGAUGCUGGGCCCCGUCGUCGUCCACAUGAUUCGGAACGUGCGCUUGCCGAAGUGGACGCACAGAAAUUCACAGUGGCAAGUCCUUGUCCAGUCCGUUGGAACAGUUUCAGUGCUCUUCUUCAUCGUGCUUUGCAGUGCCGUGGUGCAGCCGUUCCAAUGUCACGGGCAUCCGAACGGCCAGUCCACAAUGCGGUCCAGUAUUGGAGUGCUCUGCAACCUGACGGGCGAUCACUUGCAGCUUUGCAUCAUAGGCGGGCUGCUGGCUCUUCUGCCUGCAGGCUUCGUGGCUCUCUGCGCCUGGCUAAUCUUGGUGGAGUACCCGAAACGGAUCCGCUCCACGGACCUGGGAUUCAUGCGAAUGUGCUCCUUCCUCAUCUCCCGCUUCCGCCCGGGCUGCGAGAGCUUCAGCAUCGUCCUUCUCGUCCGAAACCUGCUCUUCGUCAUGGCACCGGUGCUUCCGACAGCUGACUCCAGCCUUCUGCUGAUUCACGUGCUGUUAAUCCUGCAUGUAGUCCUCCUGGCUUUGCUGAAGCCUUGGCGCUCUGUGAAUGCCUCGUACAUCGAUAUAUUGGCUUCUUCAGGGCUGCUGGUGAUUGUUUUCCACGCCGGUUUGUUUGUGAGGGAGUCAAACGAAGCUGCUGCCGCGAUCCUUUGUAGCUUGCUGCUCAUCUGCUUGCUCGUCUGCCUGUCUGGUGUUGCAUUCUCGGCACUGGCGCAGCACAUGUUUACGCGCUUUGCCAAGAAGUACCAGUUCUUCCUCUGCCACCACAAGCAGGUCACAGGUUGCCUUGCACGACUCCUGAAGAUGCAGCUCCAGCGGCGAGGAUCUGAGGUCUUCUUAGACUCGGAUGACCUGACAAAUCUGACCCUCCUGUUGCCCAUGGUUGCACAGCAUGUCGACACACUCGUCGUCGUUGCGAGCGCAAACGUUGUGACUCGGAAAUGGUGUCUCGCCGAGAUUGUGACAGCCUACAUGCACAAGGUGCACACCGUGAUCUUGGCGCUUUCCGACUAUGGCCCGCCUUCGGACAAAUUCAUCAAGGUGUUCGAGUCCAAUGCCAACGACCUGAGCGAGCUCGCCGUCCACGGCUUUGGGGUUUCUGACAUCGCUGACAGCCUGUGCCUUCGCCGAAUGUAG